CGAAGAUGGUUCCAGAGUGAGUUUGUCAAAAGUAUAUAACACUAAAAUGCUGACCUCCGAUCUACUUAUACGAUUCGUCACGUAUGCAGUUAUAACCUGUGAAUACGCCAUGGCACAUGAUUAUCCAAAUGGAUUAGUAGCUAUUUUGGAUUAUCGAGAUGUUAACUUGAUAGAUCUACUGGCAUUUUCUACUCGCCAUUUUACUCUUCUCCAACAGUGUUUAACAAUAUUGAAGGAAGGGUACGGCAUGCGUCUUAAAGGCCUACACGUGUUAACAACAUCGAAGGCAACAGAUGCUCUAGUAACAUUUGCAAAGCAAUUGCUACCCGAAAAACUAGCUGGCAGGCUACACGUGCACAGAGACAUAGACACCCUGUACAACUUUGUUCCUAAGGAAAUCUUGCCUUCUGAUUUAGGCGGCGAUGCAACAAGCUUAAGUGAAUUGCAAGAAACCUUCAUUAAUGAACUGUUCUCAAAAGAGCACAAAGAAUGGAUGGAAGAAGGUAAUCGUGCAACGAUCAACCUAUCCAAGAAGCCGAAAGAUUACUUCAGUGAUGACUACAUCAGCAUUUCCGGGUCCUUUAGAACUUUAACUGUAGAUAAUUUUCUUUGUCGCCACUCGACGUGUGACGAAUCGAAUCAAGAAAACGAAUUUUUUUAUUCGUGCACUAUGGAAAUAAAAGUUAUUGAAAAAUUGCCUACCGAUGGAUAUUUAAAAUUUAACCAAGAUCAACUUAAUAUUGUGAGAAAAAUAUGUAAUAUGGAGGACCCUGGAAGGAUGAAACAAGGUGCAGAAAUAUUGAGAGAUUGGUUGCAGAAGCAAGAAUACUUCAACAAGAAGGAUUACUCUGAUACCUUUUACGAACAAAUGUUGGUGUUCACCAAAGGAUCCGUGGAGCGCGCAAAAUCACGCUACGAGAAGCAUUGCACUUUAAAAACAAUUUGGCCGCAAUAUUUCAUCCCUACUGAUGUCAAUUCAUUCAGAAAAGAUUUUCAAUUAUAUCAAAGCGUACUUCUACCCGACGUGACCGAAGAGGGUUGUAGAGUGAGUUUAUCCAGAUUCAGUGAUGAUGUCACACUGACUGCCGACCUAUUUACACGCUUCACCAAAUUUAUUGUUAGUAUAUGUGAAUAUGCCAUUGCGCAUGACUACCCAAAUGGAUUUGUAAUUAUUUUGGAUCACCGGUCCAUUAAUUUAUUAGAAUUAAUAGCAUUUUGUACUCGGCAUUUUACUUUACUUCAGCACUGUAUAACAAUCAUAUUGGAAGGCUACGGUAUGCGAGUAAAGGCUAUCCACGUGGUAACUCCAUCAAAAGCGGCGGACGCCUUAGUAACGUUUUUGAAACCACUGCUUACCGCAAAAGUGGCUAGUCGCAUACACGUACACAGAGACGUGGAAACCUUAUUUGCCCAUGUCGCUAAAAAAAUGUUGCCUGUUGAAUUGGGUGGGGAAGCGCCAUCUUUGAUUGAAAUGCAAGAAAAUUUUCUUCAGGCGCUUUGUACAAAGGAGCACGAAGAAUGGAUGAAAGAAGCUCAACGCGCCACUAUCAACGAGUCUAAGAAGUCGCAAGACUUCAACAAUGACUCCAUCGGCAUGCCAGGAUCGUUCAGAAGUUUGAACGUUGAUUAAUCAAAUUACCCGCUCAUUGAUAAAACUUUACGGGCCUGAUUUAGUUAAAUUAUUUAUUAAUAUUUUUCUUACAAAUAUAUAAGUCAAAAUGACAGAUAAAGACAAACGAUUCAUAGCUAGUUCAGGCCAGUAACGCGUUUAUGAAUAACGCCAUUAGUCAUUAGAGUUAGACCAAGAAAAAUCUGCAGCGAUUUUGAUAGACCACGCAGUGCAAGUGUUAUUUAUAAGUCAUAAUUUCAUAGAAGUUUGACGUUUAAAACAAUACUGUAAUGAUUGUCAGAUUAUCAUUAGUCAUAAUUCUGAAACCGUUAACUUUUCAGGAUUUUCGUAAGGUUAUCCUAAAGGUAGGUUAGGUUAGGGUUGUUUUAUGGCAAUCCUGAAAAGUUACGCGUUUCUGAGAAAAACCCAAAUUAUGACUAACGAAAAUGUGGACAAACAUAUAUUUAUGACUUAAAACUUUAUGGGAAACAAUAGAGACCCAUUGGGAAUAAUAUUA